GCCGGCCGUGCGGAGGCAGCGGCGAUGGCGCCCUCCGCGCCCCCGCCCCCGCCCCUCGCCCGCCGGCUCGUGGCCCUGGCCCUGGCCCUCGCCCUCGCCGCCCUCGUUUCCCCCGCCUCCGCCGCCAGGAAGAUCCCGGCCUCCGUCACCCCGAUCUCGCGGGACCUCUACCGCCCCAGUGAUACCCUUCUGAGUGAGAUCAAGGCCCUCGUUGCUCGGAAUCCGGAUAGGUUGACCAUGGAUACAGUAAGAGCUAGUAACAAAGGGUAUUCUGCGGAGAUGCUCGUUGUUACUUUUAAUCAUGUGAAGAAAACCGUACAUGAUGGCUCGAAGAUUAAAAUCCUUCUGAGCUUUGGGCAGCAUGGCAGAGAACUUAUUACCUCUGAACUUGCAUUAAGUCUGCUCUACAUUUUGACGGAGAAGCGCAAAAUUGCCGGUGUGGAUCUAUCAUCCUUUGAGAAGAUUCUGGAGCACCUUGUGAUCAAAGUGGUGCCAAUUGAAAAUUUUAAUGGCCGUAAGCGCGUUGAAGCAGGGGAGAUUUGUGAUAGGAGAAAUGGAAGAGGAGUUGAUCUUAACAGAAAUUGGAGCGUUGAUUGGGGAAAGAAGGAAAAGGAUUAUAACCCAUUUGAGGAGGAUCCUGGUACUGCUCCUUUCAGUGAACCUGAGGCCCAGAUCAUGCAAGAACUAUCCAAGUCAUUUAAACCGCAUAUCUGGGUGAAUGUGCAUUCUGGAAUGGAGGCAUUAUUUAUGCCAUAUGACCACAAGAAUACUACACCAGAUGGAGCGCCUUCUCACUUGAUGAGGUCAGUUUUAGAGAAUGUGAACCAUCGCAAUUUCCAAGACAGCUGCCUAGUUGGAUCAGGUGGUGGAGCUGUAGGGUACCUUGCACAUGGGACUACAACUGAUUAUCUGUAUGACAUUGCGAAGGUGCCAAUGCCUUUCACAUUUGAGAUAUAUGGAGAUGAGAAAGCAUCCACCGAUGACUGCUUCAAAAUGUUCAACCCUGUUGACAAGAUAACAUUUGAUAGAGUCAUUAACAAGUGGUGCAUGGCGUUUCUCAUACUUUUCGAGGAAGGGCUGCGAACCCUACCCGACGAUCAAGUAGUAUCCCAAGGAGCACUGGAUAACUGGGUCCCUAUGGGAGGAGAGAUUUUGGAGAGAAAUAUGGACCAAAAGAGCGGCGGUGAAAAUGGGAAACUUGAAGGCCUUGACCUCGGAAUGCAGGAGCUAAAAACCUACUUUAGGUUAUUUAUGCUAUCGACUUUCCUGCUGAUGUUCAUGUUCUGCUCGAGGAUAUCAAAAAACAGGAGCAGAGACUCAGAUAACAUUUGAAUCCCACGGGCGAAUCAAUUGGAGCUAGGCUAUUCAGCUCAGUAUGGGUUGGCAAUGGUGCUCAUGGUUUAUUGCCGCAGAUGAACAAAGUACAGCAUGAAUCAUUCCAACAAAAGUCCGUUUUCGGGGGCAACUUUGGAGGCACGGCGACAGGAGAUGACAAGGAUGGUAGAAUCAGAAUGGUGUUUUGCAGCCUCUGCUUAGAUGCUAGAUGUAUGUCAAGAGUGAUCUGUUUAUGUCUUCGACGAGUCAUAAAUGUAAGUUGUAGAGCUGUUGAUAUCUGUUCGUGGUGAUGAAUAGGUAGAAUCAGAAUGGUAUGUGCGCCUUUCGUAGGUUGCUGGUUUUUUGACACAAUUGUGAAUCUAACAUUCAAUCGUCGACUUAUUGUGAUAUGACUGAAUGUAGCAUUUCACUGUGGACUUACUUUGACACGAUUGAAUGUGAUAUUCCAUUACCAACA